AUGAUUGGAAUUUACACUUGUAUUAAUCUUUUCUUGGUCAUAUUAUAAAUUAAAUCAUAAGACAAACAUUAUUCUGAUUGUAGCAACACUGACCAGAAUGGAUGCGAAUGCAUUGAUUCACAAUAAUCAUAAUUUACGAACUAUUUAGACAAAUAAAUAUGCAUUUGCUAGGAAAAAUAUUAUUAAUUAGACUAGACUUGUCAAAGCUAUCAAGAUAGAGAAUGCGAACUGAAUAAAAAUGAAAUAUGCGGAUAAUAUUAAUAUAUUGAUUUCACCCAAAGAAAAUGUAUUUCAUGUGAUAAUAAUUGUGAAACAUGCUAUGGAGAUUAGCCUAAUAAUUGCUGCACUUGCAAAAAUAACUACUAUCUAUAAUAAUCUUCUUGCAUUUAAUGUUCUGAUAAUUGUUUGGAGUGCACAGGUUAAGAUUCAUGCUCAAAAUGUGCUGAUGGUUAUUAUCUGAAUAAUGGAAAAUGUAUUUAAUGUGAUUAAACAUGUGCUUUAUGCGGAGAUAAAGGAGUUUGUAGUAAAUGUGUAGAUACAAAUGGAAUAAUAUUUAAUAGUAUUUGUAUUUGUAAGUAAGAUUACUGCCCUGAUGGAAAUAAAGCCUGUCAGAGUCUGGAUUAAAAUAUUAUUUGUUAAUAACCAUUCUAAAUAAAAUGUGGUGAUAGUCAAUAUUUUGAUUACUAAAAUCUUAAUUGUUAAAAUUGCGAUAAAUCCUGUUUAACUUGCAAAAAUUCAUCAAGUUAGUGCAUCUAAUGUGCUAAAGGCUAUUACUAAGAUAAUCCAAAAUAAAAUUCUUGCAUUUAAUGUUCUGAUAAUUGUUUGGAGUGCACAGGUUAAGAUUUAUGCUCCAAAUGUUCUGAUGGUUAUUAUCCAAAUAAUGGAAAAUGCAUUUAAUGUGAUUAAACAUGUGCUUUAUGCGGAGAUAAAGGAGUUUGUAGUAAAUGUGCAGAUACAAACGGAAUAAUAUUUAAUAAUAUUUGCAUUUGUAAGUAAGAUUACUGCCCUGAUGGAAAUAAAAUCUGUCAGAGUCUGGAUUAAAAUAUCGUUUGUUAAUAACCAUACUAAAUAAAAUGUAAUGAAAGUCAAUAUUUUGAUUACUAAAAUCUUAAUUGUUAAAAUUGCGAUAAAUCCUGUUUAACUUGCAAAAAUUCAUCAAGUUAGUGCAUCUAAUGUGCUAAAGGCUAUUACUAAGAUAAUCCAAAAUAAAAUUCUUGCAUUAAAUGUUCUGAUUAAUGUUUGGAGUGCACAGGUUAAGGUUCAUGUUCAAAAUGUGCUGAUGGUUAUUAUCUGAACAAUGGAAAAUGCAGUUAAUGUGAUCCAACAUGUUCUUUAUGUGGAGAUAAUGGAGUUUGUAGUUAAUGUGUAGAUACAAAUGGAAUAAUAUUUAACAAUGUUUGCAUUUGUAAAUAAGACUACUGCCCUGAUGGAAAUAAAAUCUGUCAGAGUCUGGAUUAAAAUAUUAUCUGUUAAUAACCAAAAUAACCUUCUUGCAUUUAAUGUACUGAUAAUUGUUUGGAGUGCACAGGUUAAAAUUUAUGCUCCAAAUGCACUGAUGGUUAUUAUCUGAACAAUGGAAAAUGCAUUUAAUGUGAUCCAACUUGUGCUUUAUGUGGCGAUAAUGGAGUUUGUAGUAAAUGUGUAGAUACAAACGGAAUAAUAUUUAACAAUAUUUGCAUUUGUAAGUAAGAUUACUGCCCUGAUUUAAAUAAUGUCUGUUAGAGUCUAGAUUAAAAUAUUAUUUGUUAAAAACCAAAUUAAAUAAAAUGUAGUGAAAGACAAUAUUUCGAUUAUUAAAAUCUUAAUUGUCAAGAUUGUGAUAAGUCUUGCUUAGCUUGUAAAAGCUCAUCAAAAUAAUGCAUAACAUGUGCUUCAGGAUAUUAUAGUAGUGAUAAUUCAAGCUGUUUAUAGUGUCAUUAAUCUUGUUAGGAAUGCACUGGAAAUGGAAUCAAUAACUGCAAUUAAUGUCAAAGUGAAAGAUUCUUAUAUUCUGGAUAUUGUAUUUGUAAUUAAGGUACAUGUGAAGAUUAGGAUACUUUUUAAUGUAAAUAAAGCUAAAACGUUUGCAUUUUCCCCUAAAUAAUAAGUUGCUAACCAGGAUAAUUUUUUUAGUAUAUCUAAAAUGAUUAUGGCUGUAAACCAUGUGAUAAUAAUUGCUAAACAUGUAUAUAUUCUUCAUUAUAAUGCACAAGCUGCAAAAUUGGGUUCUAUUUAGAAAACAAUAUUUGCAAGCCUUGUCAUGAAUCUUGUUUGGAAUGCUCAGGACCAAAUAAUAAUUAAUUUAUUGUUGCUAUGGAUAGUGUUUAACAUGCUUUGGAGAUGGAUAUAAUCAAUGUUUAAAUUGGGACAUGUGAAAAUUAAAAUAAGUAGUGUAUAGCAUCUGAUAAUGUUUGUACUUCACCAAGCUUGCUAGUGUGUCUAAAUAAAUAAUACUUUGAUUACGACUUAGGCUAAUGUUAAGAUUGCCAUAACUAUUGUUAAACAUGUAGAGGUAAUACUUCAAACGGUAAGGAUUGUCUCACAUGUAUUGAUGGAAGAUAUAUUAUCAGAAACAAUAUUGGAACAGAUUAAUAAUUAUGUGGACAGUGCGAUUACACUUGCAAAACAUGUAUUAAUUCACCAAACUAUUGUACAUCAUGUGAUGUAAAUUUAAAUAGAAUAGAUCAUUCGAAAUAAGACUAAACAUGCCCAUGCGAUGUGAAUUCAGGAUAUUAUGAAAAUUCUAUUGAUUAAACUUGUGGUAAAUGUGAUCAAACAUGCAAGACGUGCUUUGGCGGAUAAAAUAAUAAUUGUUACACAUGUCCAGAUUUAUUCACAUUUUCUAAUUUUAAGUGCAUUUGUUAAGAUGGAUACUAUCUUGAUCCAAAGACUUUGAAGUGCUUAUAAUGCUAAUACUAGUGUUAAACGUGUAGUGAUUCUUAAAAUUGUUUAUCAUGUGCGAUAGAUAGAUAAUUAAUAAAAGAUACUAACGGAUUUAACUAAUGCUAGUGUAUUCCAGGUUUAUAUGAUGAUUAAAUUUAAAAAAAGUGCACAAAAUGCUAAUAUUCAUGCCAAACUUGCUCUGAUUACAAUACUUGUACAUCAUGCGUAAGAAUGAGAAACCUAUCAGAUUCUUAAUGCCUUUGUCAAGAUGGGUAUUAUGAUAAUCCUUAGACAUAAUAAUGUGAAUAAUGUGAUUUUACAUGCAAAACAUGUGUUGGCCCUGAUAGUAAUUAAUGUAAAUAAUGUCCAAGCAACAGAUAACUUGAUCCCUUGAGCAAAAAGUGUAUUUGUAUAAGCAAUCUAUUUUAUGAAGAUCCUAAAACUAGAGAAUGUAUUAGAUGUCACUACUCUUGCUAAAUAUGCUAACCAAACUCAAGCUAAUGCUUAACUUGUGAUUAGAAUUAAAACAGAUUUUUAGAUACUCAAUCUGGAAACUGUUUGUGUAAUCCUUCAUUUUAUGAAGAUUCCUAAUAAGUGUGUAGAUCUUGCCACUAUUCUUGUCAAACAUGUAAAGGUCCUUUAGCUAGUUAAUGCGCUUCUUGCUCGUUGUAAAAUAAUAGAUAAGCAAUUAUUGAUCCCUAAACUAAAGCAAUGACUUGUAUUUGUAUAGAUGGAUAUUAUGAUUAAUUUAAUUAGCAAAUAUGCUCUUAGAAAUGUCAUAAUACUUGUCAGACAUGCUAUGGACCAGAGUUAUAUUAAUGCACUUCCUGUAAGUCUAAUUUGAGGAAUUUAAAUCAAGGUGUAUGCACUUGCAAAGACGGUUAUUUUAACUUGGUUUAAGCUAAUUAAGAUGAUUAAUGUAUUCCUUGCCAUCAUUCUUGUGCUACAUGCUUUGGGCCAAAAAAAAAUUAAUGCAUUACAUGCACUGUUGAAAACUAUAGAAUAACUUAGCCUUUUGCAAAUACUUGUCCUUGCUUGGAUGGGUAUGUAGAUGAGGGUGAAGAUGAUCCAAGCUUGAAUAAUUAGUGUGUAUAGUGUGAUCACUCUUGUAAAACAUGUUAAAUUAAAAAAGAUAGAUGCACAUUAUGCUAUGACCCAAAAUUGUACUACAGAUAUGAUUAAUCUUAAAAUUACUAAUGCCCGUGCUUUAAAGGAUAUUUCGAUAAUGGGAAUACGUAAUGUUAAUAAUGUUCCAUAACUUGCGAUGAAUGCAUAGGAACUUCUAAUAAUUGUAUUAACUCUUGCAACCCAAAUGAUUUUAGAGUUUUAGUUAACAAUGCAUGUGUAUGUAUGUAAGGUUACUAUGAAGUGUAUGAAUUGAAUGGGAGUCCUAAAAAAUAGUGCUCUCCCUGUAGCUAUACAUGUUUAGGAUGUGUCAAUAAUAGUUCUAAAUGUACUUCAUGCCAAUUAAGCAAUACAUUCAGAGUUGACUAAAUAAAUUAAAACUUAUGUCCAUGUUAAGAUGGAUACUAUGACUCUGGAUAAACAGUAUGUUCAAAAUGCAAUUAUACAUGCAGUAAAUGCUUGAAUUCAAGUAAUUGUACUUAAUGUGCAUUAAAUAGUUAUCGUGUUUAAACAAUUGAUCCUAAUUAAUAAAAUGAAUUUAUUUGUCCUUGCUAAACUGGAUAUUAUGACAGUGGCACAAAUAAUCCUCUUUGUGCAUAAUGUCUUCCUUCUUGCUAUACAUGUUCAAAUAAUACAUCAUGCGACUCUUGUUACGCUAAUUAAUGCUCUCAGAAUCCGAAUGACCCAGCAUGCAAUCUAUAAAAUUAAUUUAGAAUUAUUUUUGUAGACCCAGCAAGCGGAAUUAAAAAGUGCAUAUGUUAAAGAGGGUAUUAUGAGGAUUAAAUAACAAAGCAAUGCUUAAAAUGCAAUCCUGAAUGUGAAGAGUGUUCAAGUAAAAGUGAUUGUAUUGAUUGUAACACAGCCAAAACUCACAGGACAGUUUAAAAUUAAUAAUGUCUAUGCUAGAAUGGAUAUUAUGAAGUUCCUAAUUAAAUAAAUUGUGAAUAAUGUGAUGCUACAUGUGUCACUUGUACUUCUAAAAACGUAUGCUCACUUUGUGACGGAAUAAUUUAGAAUAGGCAACUUGAUGCUCCAAAUAAAAAAUGUGUGUGCAAACCCUAUUUUUAUGAAGUUUUGGAUUCUCCUAAUUGCUAAGCAUGUGAUUAUUCUUGUGGUUCAUGCAAUGGAGCUUUAAAUAAUAAUUGCUAAUCAUGUGAUGAUUCAGAUAUGAGAUAGCUAAUAAAUGGAUAAUGCGUUUGCAAAGAAGGAUAUUUUGAUGAUGGAACAAAAUAGUGCAAAAAAUGCGAUUACACUUGUAAAGCCUGUUUAGGGAGUAAAACAUCUUGCACAAAAUGCGAUUCUGGAGCUUAUAGAUACCCAAGUGACUCUAAUUUAUCUGUUUUUAAAUGUUUGUGUUAAAGUGGAUAUUAUGAUGAUGGAUUCGAUACUUAAUGUUAAUAAUGCUAUGAUUAAAAUUAAUAUUGUCAAACUUGCGUUGCAAACUAGUCUGGUCAUGGAUUUAUUUGCACCUCAUGCAAUUAAUCAGAUUAAAGAUAUAUUGAUUAAAAUGGAUAUUGUAAAUGCAAAGAUGGAUGGUACUAAGAUGGAAAUAAUAGAUAAUGCUUAUAAUGCAGUAGUUACUGUAAAACAUGUAUUGAUUAAGGAGAUAAGUGCACUUCAUGCUAUGAAUAAACUUAAUUCAGAAUUUUAAAUCAAAAUUAGUUCUAAUGUAUUUGCUCACAAGGAUAUUUUGAAUCAGGAACUGAAAUUUGUGGAGCAUGUCAUUAUAGUUGCUUAAAUUGUUAAUCAAAUAGUAAGUUUGCUUGCACCUAAUGCCCUGGUUAACUAUUUUAUAGAAGUAGUUAAGUUAACUCUUAGGGAUAAUGCUUGUGUAUAGACUAGUUCUAUGAUGAUGGUUAAAAUAAAUCAUGUGUUUAGUGUGAUUAGUCAUGUAUAGGUUGCUAUGGUCCAGGAAACUCUAAUUGCAAUAGAUGCAAUACCAAUAAUCCAUUAUAGCCUUACUACAGAUAUGGUAUAAGUUGUGUUUCUUAGUGUCCUCAAGGAUUUUUUUAGAACAAAUAGCAGUUUACUUGUGACUAAUGCGAAAAAUAAUGUGAUACAUGCAAAGAUUCAAAAGAUUUUUGCCAAACUUGCUCUCUUUAUAGAAAGGAGCCUCCUAAAUGUGAUUGCAGAGAUGGAUAUUAUGAAAGUGAUUUUUAAUGCAAUAGUUGUAGUCCCCGUUGUUCAAAAUGUGUCUUAAGUGAAAGUUAGUGCACAGAAUGCCCAACUGACAGACUUUUACCUCCGUUGUGUGAAUGUAAAGAGGGUUCUGUUGAGGAUCCAAUUACACUAAAGUGUAUUUAAUAUAAAAUGAAGUGCCCUGUUUUAGAAAAUAUGUUUGAGAUAACAAACUCUAGAGCAUUAUGGUUUUCUUAAAAAUUUGCAUAAAAAAUCUAGUAAAAUUAUGAUAAAUACCUAAUAAAAAGAAGAGUUUUUCCAGUUAUUUCUAUAGACUAAGUUGAUAUUUUAGUGAUUUUGGGAGUUGCCAAGUUUAAUAAUUUAGGAUUAUAUACUUAUAGUAUGAAUGGAUUAGGACAGCUAAUUAGUGUUUUAGAAUAGAAUAUAGACACAAACACAAAUUAAGUAUAAUAAAUGAUAACAAGAAUAGUAACUUGUGAUUCAGAUAUUAUAUUAACUGUAAGCGAUGACAUGGUUAAGCUUUGGAUUAUAACUAUGGGCAAGUAGUAUACUAUUAUUGAUAUUGAUCAAGCUCAGUAAGAAUAGCUUUUUGAGGCUCAAAAUUUGGAGUGCUUUAUUUCAUAUGAAUACAAUUUAGGUGAUGUAAUUUCAAAAUAAUAUCCUACUUAUUCUUCUCUUUAUAGUGAUGGCACUAAAGAUGAAUAACCUAAUGUUAAAAUUUUAAACCUAAUUUACCAAUAGAAAUAAACAAAUACUAUAAGAGCUCUUUACAUAAGAGGAGUUAAUAAUAUCUUUUAAAGUGUGUAAAAAUCAGAAAUAAUAAAUUAAAGCAGUUAGUUACCACAAUUUAAUUUAUUUGACAUAGAUAUUUUACACUUAAGUGUUGAUGCUAAAGCUAUAAUCUUAAAUGAUAAAAAUUUCUAAUACAUAUAUUAAAGACUUAACAGCUUAGCUUUUGAUUCAGAUAUAGGUAAUUGGUAAUUAAUAUCCAAAAAAAGCAUAACUAAUGAUUUAGGAAUUGAUAGUUCUUGGAACUUAAUAUAAAUUUAUAAAUUAGAUUCCUUAGUAUAUUCAAAUGGCAUAUAAAUAAAAUCAAUUAAAUUAUCGAGUUUAAUUUCUUAAAAUUAAAAUGAUCCAAUUUAAAUCAUAUAUUCAUAGUAAGUUAGUUAGGAUAUCUUUAACUUUAGUUAAUAUUUGUAAAUAGAUGAUAAUAGAGCUAUCAUUUUAGUUAACAAACCAGUGAGUGUAUCUUCUUAGCUAAAUAUAUGGGAUCUUAACUAAAAUAAAAUUGUUAAUUAAGUUGUUUAAACAGAUCCAUAAAUUUCAUGUAAAUUUCACAUGCUUUUGUAAAGCAGUUAAAAUAGCUAGAGUUUUGUAGGAGUUUCUCUUUUUUUAGAAGAUGACCCUGAUUAGUAAAAUUAGAAUUUAGCUACCAGAAAUAAAUGUUAAAGUCUAUUUCAGAUUAUGAGUGUUGACUUAAAUAAUAAAAUUACAAGCUAGCUAAGCAAUUCUAUACUGCUAUUUGGAGGAUUAAGAAGUAUUUUACAAGAAUCUAAAUUCUCUAAAUUUGAUAGCAAUAUUUUAAUUCUAGCAAGCUAUUACUACACAAAUUAUCAACAAACAACUACUUUUUUUAUUAACAUAUAGGAGUGGAAUAUAGAAAAUAACGCAAUUCAAAAUAAUUAUCUACCAGUUUAAUGCGAAGAUACAUCUAAAUAUGCCUUAUAUUAAGUUUCUGACGAUAGUAAACUAAUAGUAUGCUCUGUAUAAAAAGAGUUAAUAAUAUAAUACCAAACUUUAAAUUAAGAUGGAAGCGUUAAUAAGCAGAUCAUAACUCCUAACAUUGUUUAGGAUUUUAUAAAUAUAUAGCAUUUGGCAGGCACUAAGUAUAUUGUUUUUUAUUCUCAAACAUAAAUAGAAUUGAUGGAUUUAACUUAGUUAAAUAAUUCACUUUAAUUAAUAUAAGAUAAAGAUUUAUUAAAUUUACGUCCCCUCGUAAUUAGAUCCAUCUAGCCUAUCAAAGAUUCAGAUAACCCUAGCUAAAUUGCUUUAAUGGUAGUUAUAUCUACAAGACUGGUAUACUUUUCAUUAUAAAAUAACUCUGAUGAUAAAAGAAUAAUAGUUUUAGAUCCCUAUAAUGGAGAUAAAACUAUAGAUCCUAUUUAUACUAAAUUUGAUUAGAUAAAAUAUGUUAAGCAAUAUGACAUAUUAGUUCAUUACUUUGCAUAAUAUAGUAUAUUGAAUAUUGUUAGAUAUAAUAUAUCUCUAAAGUUCUACUAGAUCGAUUCUAUUACAUACGAUAUUGAUUCUGCAGUUGAUACAACUAAAGUUUUCUCAGAUUCUCAAAAUCAAUAUACUUUCAUUGCAAUUCAAGAUAAUUUAAAAAAGAAACUAAUGUCUUGUAAUUUACAGUAUAAUUCAGGAUAUAGAUGUGAUUGGACCAUACAUUAUUAUAAUACUUAUAAUUCCCUAUCAGGCUUUGAUUUGAAUUUUGAUAUAAGGUCUAUUCUUAUUUGGGAUACUAAUUUAUUAAACUCUGUAACAUUUGCUUAUCAAAAAUCAGAUAAUGCUAAUACGAAGCUUAUUUGCACACAUACAUACAAUAUUAUUAAUACUAAUCUAGAUAAAUAAUCAGGAUUUAUUUCAACAAAACCUUCUUUAGCUUAUAUAAUGAAAAGACUUUAUGAAUUUUAAUUUAGUGUAAAUUAUCCAAAAGAAAUUUAUUUCAUGCUUGAUCCUAAUAAUUAAUAUGAUGGAACGUUUUUAAGAUGGAUUUAAUAUAUCCCUAUUAAGCAAAUAAUUAUUUAAAAUUCUCAAAUUUAAGGUGUAGAUUAUUCUAAUUAGAUAGAUAAAGAAAACACAAGCUACCCUAUUGUAGUGAUAACUCAAUCAACAUAAAUUUUGUUAAAUUCGGGAUAUAUUUCUUCUAUUUAAUUUGUUUCAAUUUAAUUAAAGAUUUAGGCCAAAUUUGGGCCUUAAAUACCUGCUAUCACAAAGUAAAGGUAUGUUGUAGCUAAUCAUAAUAUCUUAUAUAUCAAAGAUUAAUUAAAUUAGAUUAACCUUUAGCUUAUUGAUUCAUCACUAAAUAUUGAUAAUACAUUAUAAAAUUAGAAUGGCUUACCUUAAGUCUCUUAAAUUUAAUUCUUUUUUGAUGGGAUAAAUAAUUUGAUAUUCAACUCAUUAGUGAUAGAUAAUAUGGUAGCCUAAAUGUAAGAAAACUAUUCAAUUAUUCGUAUAUUUAAUGUUUAAAAAUUCUAAAUAACCAAUUCAUCUCUAACAAAUAUUGUUUUGAGCUAAGUUUAUCUUUUGUCAAUAGAAAAUACAAAUUCUUUAUUGAGUAAUUUAACAAUAUUUAAUUUAAAUAUGACUGCAAUAAAUAAUGAUAUUACUUUAGGAAAAAAUAAUAGUACCACAAUUUUAAGGAAUAUUUAAAGUAAAGAGUCUGAUGAUAAUUUAAUUAUUUAAGAUUAAUAAUAAAUUCAAUAUUUUAUUGAUAAUCAGUACUAAUAUCUAAUUCCUAGUGUUAAAGCAAAUUUAAAUGAAAAUUAUAGAAAAUUAAAAUCAACAACUCCAAAUAUUAAUAACACUAACUUGCUAUUGAAGAAACCAAGCUGGUAUACAUCACCAAUCGUAGCAUAAUAAAAAACACAGCUUUAGAUUAAUUAAAUGAAUGCAACAAAUGUUAAUUGUAGCAAUCUAUGUUUUGGUGGACUGCUUUUAAAUUUAUUUUCAAAUAUAACAGUUUAGCAAUCAAAUUUUACAAAUAUUCAUUCUUUCUUAGGAGGUGCGAUAGGAGCAACAAACUCAUUUUAGAUUUUGACAAUUAAAAAAACUAAUUUUAAUUAAUGCAAAGCAGACUGGGUAGGAGGAACUAUCUACUUAGAUGACUCUUAAACUGAAGAAGAAGGAAAACUUUAUACCCCAUAAUUUUACCUUUAAAAUGUUAAUUUUACAGGAUCAUCAGCUAUAUAAGGAGGUGCCCUCUUUUUAGUAGAUAGCACAAGUAUGUAAAACAUAUAUACUAAGGUAUCAAAUAUUGCUUUUGUGAAUAACACUGCUGAGUAUGGUGCUUGUUUGAGAUAUUAAGGGACAUCAAGCUAAUCUAUUCAACAAUUCUUAGCCAACUCAAUUUUUAUAAAUAAUAAAGCAAUUAAUAAUGGAGAUAAAUUACUGUCAUAUCCUUCAUAUUUAGUGAUGAGAUUGGAUAAUUCCACAUAUUAUUGUUCUGAUUAAAAAACUUCCUGCAUAAUUCAAGAUAUAAAAAGCGGGGAUAAAUAUCCUGGAAUAAUUUACUUUUAUGCUGUAACUGAAAAUCUUGAUAUAAUUAACUUGCAAAGUCUCUAUUAAGCAAACGAUUAAAGCAAUAUAAUAAAUUAUACUGUAACUCUUGUUGGCAGUGACAAAGUUGAUAUCACUGGAAAAGACACUGCCAGCUAUGAUCCUAAAACUAAUAGCUUUUAAUUUGAUGAAUUGAUUUUAACUUCUUUACCAAAUACCACUUAAGCAGUCACAGUUACAACAAAUGCAAUAUAAGUUGCAUAGAAUGGUCAAUAUUCAUAUUCUUAUUCAUUUACGCUUUAUCUGAAUUUUAGAGGUUGUCUAGAAGGUGAGAUUUACUAAUCUUAGGCUUUAUCUAAUUUGUAUAGUUGCUAUACUUGUAAAGAAGGUUAUUACAGUCUUGUUUAACCAUAAAAAGGUGUAACAAGUUGUAUUCCCUGCCCUAUUGAUGGUGGUGUUGUUUGCUAAGGAGGUAAUACUAUAUAAGUAAAUUAGGGGUAUUGGAGAAGCUAAAAUGUAUUAGAAUUAGAGUAUAGUUAAUGUAAAAUAAACCCACAAGCUUGCAUAGGAGGUUAUUCAUAUGGAAAUUAAUUAUGCUAAAUUGGAUAUAUUGGUCCUUAAUGCGAAACAUGUGAUGAUUCAUAGACUAUGUCCAGAAUAUCGACUUAAUUUGACAUUUACAUCCUUAUUAAUACUCUCAUAUAUUUUAUACUCGAUAAUUUUAGUCUUCAUUUUAAUGCACUCAAUGUUAAAAAAAAUAUUAAUAAGGAAUAUCCAUCAAACGAUGAAUAAAUUUAUAAAGCUAAACUAAAAAUUGAAUAAGGUGAUGAGGUUUCAAACUGUAUUAAAAUCAUCCUACAUCACUUCUAAAUUAUGAUUGUAAUCAAGUCAUUUGAUUUUUAUUUCCCUAAGUUUUUAGAGGAUGCAAUCUCAAUAUCAGGCUCUCCACCUGACACAAUGAUUUAAUCAUUUUCUUGUUUGCUUUAUCCUUUAUCAAAAAGUUUAGGUAUAUCAAAUGCUUACUCAAAAGUUCUGGCUAUGUUUUUACUUUACAUAUUUGUUAAUUUAAUAAUGUAUUACUUCUCAAUUAAAGUUUUUAGAAAUAAUUAGAAGAGGUAGCUUUACUUUAACAGCACAAGCAUGUUAGUGAACUUAAAUCUAUUUUAGCCUACCUUGUUUUUAAUAUCAAUUGAUCUUAUAACAUGUAGAUAAAUUAUAAAUGGUUAAUACUUAAAAGGUGAUCUUAGAGUAGAAUGUAACAGUUCUACAUACUAAAAAGGAAUUUUCAUAGUUAUUCCUAUUAUGGUUAUUAUGAACUUAAUAUUGCCAUUUUUCAUUUAUUAUAGAAUAAAUUAUCAUAAGAAAAUUGGUUAGCAUCAUUAAUACUCUUAUCAAAUUGGCCACUAUAAGAAAAUUACAUUUUAUUGGGAAUUAGUGAAAUCUAUCAUGAAGCUUCUUAUUUACACAUGUGCAUCUGUUUUCUAUGAUUACCCUACUAACAGAGCAGUAUUUAUAAUAUUUGUUCUUAUAGUAUAUUUCUUACUUUAAAAUCGUAUGAGCCCAUAUAGAGUAGAAAUGAUGGGUAGAAUGGAUAAUGAAAGUACUAUAAUAGGAUGGAUUUCAUUGUUGAUGGUUAUACUUAUAGUUGAAAAUAGAAAUUAAUAUUAUACAACUAUAGUAUCCUUUUCUGUACUGAUUGCAGUAAAUGUUGCAUUUUUCAUUCUAGUAUUAGCAAGAUUGAUCAAAAGUUCUUACUUUUUUAGAAAUUUUAUGGUGAGGGCAAGGCUUACAUUUACAAGAAUUAAAAUUUUUAAAAAGUUAAUACCUAAGUAAUUGUUAAGGAAAAUAUAUGUUGAUUACCUAUGUUAACGUAUUUAACUUAAAAUGCAAAAAGAAAGUAGGGCUCGCUCUAUAGCCAAUAGCCUUCUAGGGUUCUCAAAUAUAAGCAAAUAAUCCAAAUAAAAAUAUAUUAUACAAGCUUAAAAGCCAUCAGUCAUAAGCUAUUCAAUAGACACAACCUAUUCAUAAAAUGUAUCAUAAAAUAUGAAAUAAUGUUUAAUAGAGCUUGAAGAUUUAUCAACAAAUACUAAUUAAAAUAUAAUGACAGAAAAUGAUUUGAAUCAAUAGCCAAAUAAUUCGAUAAGCUUAUAAAUUAAUGAAACUUAACCUCAAUAAGUUAUAUAAAUAUAAUCCUAAAAUAGCUAAAAAUAUAUUGAAGUUAGAAAUUUAAAUAUUGUAAAUUAAAGUGAAUAGAACCAAGAAAUUUAAGAUCAAUAAGAUGUUUUCAAUUAAUUUAGUUUAUCUAAUAGACUUGAAAGAAAUGAAAUAUAAAUAGAAAAACCUUCUUACAGAGAUAGCGAGUAUAUAGCUAGAGCAGAAAUUCUUUCUUUUGAUUCACUAAAUGAAAACAUGAGUGCUGAUAUAGAAGCAAAUAGAAAAUCAUCAGUUUCUUCUAAAUCUAAAUCGUUUUCUCCUUUAAUUGAGGGUUUUAACAAAUCGUUCCCCUUUAUAUAGAAUUAAGUAAGCUUAGAUUUAGCUAUAAAAAAUAAAAAAAUAAUCAAAUAUAAUCCAUCUUCUGAUUAAGUUGAUUAAAAACCAAUUUAAUUAAUAGAACUAACAAAUAUAGAUAAAAUUGAUGAUAAAGAUGGAAUUUAAAAUUUGGCUAAACUUUAAUAAAGUUAAGUUAGAAAACACAAAAGGUCAUUUAGUCAAAAUUCAAUUUCAGAAGAUAACUCAGGAAAAUAUAUUAUUUAAAAUUAAAAUCAAAUUUAGAAUAAUUAGUAAGAUUAAAAGAACUCUAAAAUUAACUCUUCAAACGAUAUUGAGAUUUCAUAAAAGAAUAAAAAAAUAAAAUCAAAAAAAAAUAAAAAUUUAAUUGAAAAAAUCAAAGAUGAAAAAGGGGAAAAUAAAGACUUUUAAUGCACAACAGGGAUGAUUGAUAAUGAUUAAUUAUGA